GAGGACAGACAAAUCGAGGAGCGAAAUAGGGUGGAGCAUAGCCUUUUGAUGUUUUCAUCGUCUCGUCAUUAUUAUUAAGCUGUUUACGAGUCGAUCUUGUAUGGUUAUUAAGUUUACAUCUUAUUUUUCUUUAUUUUUUCCCUCUUUCUCUCUCUCUCUCUCUCUCUCUCUCUCCCCCCCCCCCCGCCCCUAUCAUCCUUAGUCAUUAAUUGCGCACAACUGCAGUUGGAAUAAUAUAAUGUGUAAAGUACGGAUAACGUGUUUAUUUCUAAUAACAUGUUUUAUUUAUCAAGCAUCUGCAUCCUGCCAAAUACCAUUGAUAAUUAGGGGCUCUUGGUUUUCUUGGGAGAAUGGGAGGAACACAUUGACAGAAAUAAAUGCCGAAACGAUGACAAAUCGAGGAUAUUGUAUAAAUAUGUUGGAAGAAUAUCAUGUGAAUUAUACGUUUGUAUUUCGCAAAAAUGUUUGUUAUCAUUGUGUAAAACUGAUUGUUAGAACGGUUAAUGUAUUAGAGAAACUAGAAGCAAGCUGUGUAAAUUUACCCACCGGUGUUGAACCUACGGUAGAAAACGUCUGCAAAGGAUUACGUCCUGAUCAGCAAUUGAUAACAUUAUUUUCUGAAAAUUAUGUUCCUGUAAAUUGCAGAUCGUCGCUCGAAGGUGUAUGGCAGUUUGCCUAUCAGAAUCGUUUCAGGUUUACAGGAGAAUGCAAUCAUCCGGAUGCACAAAUACGUUCUUGUCAAACAGCAGGAACACAGUUUCUUAUAACUAAUCAAAAGUUCAAUAUAACUUACAGACAGUGUCAGGGCAUGAAAGGAACCUUCGACGGAUUGGUAGAAUACAGCUGUUUGGGUGAUUGGUUCGUAGAAAAGAAUCACUUUUUUGCUGUAGCAAACACAAAAGAAUCUAGAAAGGACGAAAAGUACAGGUGUUUUUUAAAAAAUCGCGAUGACGAUUUAUACAUUGGUGUAUCGAUUACAGCAGAAUGUAAUACUUUGAAAACAGUCGAGAAGAGUCCUGAGAGAUUAAGAGUUACGCCUGUCAAAGCUGAAUUAGUAGAACCUGGGUGUCGCUUACCUCAAGAUAUGCAUGGGAAUUGGAUAAAUACUGCUAAUAUCGAUGCGGACGUUUUCAUUAAUGAAACGCAUAUCAUCGAAACGUGGUAUCCGGACGAAGGCCGUUAUAGACGUACGAUUUAUGUUUGUCGUGAAUUAAGAGAUAGUAGGAUAAUGAUGGCACGAUUAACGGUCGAUGGCUGCCAAAGGGAUUACGUUUGUUUCGAUGUUGUUACGCGGCAUCACAAUAUCAUUAGAUACCGCCGUGGUCUUGCCGUUAUUAAGGAUGAUUUUCAUACAGUUUGCUCUUGGGUCCAGUUUCAAAAUACAGAAGAUUGGAAGUACGACUUAUUUUUAGCGAAAAAUCCUGUUCCCGUACGUUGUCCUGUCGCUGGAAAAUACAUGUUUAAGCAGAAAGGAGAUGUACUUUUCGAAACACGUAUCUUGGGUGGUGUCACACUAUCGCCACGUCCAAAUAUCUAUUGUAAGCAAAAUAUUUCGGAUUUUUCGGUAUGCGAUACAGAUCAAAAAGAAGUGGCCAUAGAUGAGAACUAUUGUUUGUCCGUGGAUUAUUUAGGAAAGCCAGUGGAUAUUUAUAGCGAACCCGAUUAUAAAAUGAAAUGUAUUGGGUAUUGGAAAGAAAAUUUAAAAUCCUAUCUUAUUACAUACGACGAAUUAGAUCCUUUCAGCAAGUACCGUUGUUGGGUAUAUCAGAGAGCAGAUUUGAACAGAGUAUUAAUGUCUCAGGCAAUCGGACCAUUUUGCGAUCUUAAGCAAGACGUUACGAGUAGCAAUUAUACAGAAGGUGCAGCAGUUGCACUCGAAUUGCAAGAAUACGAACGAGAACGCGAUCAGUGCCCGAUGCAUUUUGAUGAUGGAAGUAAUCCAUGGAUGCAGACUGAAAACUAUAUUAAAGUUUUCCAUUAUGGUAACGGUAACGAUAACGCGAUCGUAACGUCUCCCUUAUUGCUUACGGGACUCUUAGUCUUUCUUACUCGGCUCAAUUUUAUACAUAUACAUAUACGAGUGUAGCGCAUAUGUAUCUCUUCAAGAUCAUAUAUUUUUCUAUUAAAACUAUAUUUUGCCACAACACCGGCAAUGAUUCUAUAGUUCGUAGUUCGAUAUAUCAUCGCAAUGAUGACUAAAGUUCGUUGAUCAUCUUCAUCAUUUCUAUUCGAUGAUGUUUAAGACGUUUAUUAUUUUUACAAUGGAGAAGAAUUUCAAGUACAGUACACACGCGCGCGCGCCCACACACACACACACACACACACACACAAUUAAGAAAUGGUUGAAUUGCAUUUAUGCAUGUACAUAUGUGCGCGCGUGGCCAGUAAUAGCUGGCGCGUUGUCUACACUAAAUUUCUUUCGUUUAAAAUAAUUUCUACGCAACGUGCACCUUCUCUUUUAGGUCAUUAACGAAAGCUUAUUCGACGAAAUAUAAACCACAUAUGUACUACCUUAUUCAAAUCCAAAUAACUUAUAUUCAUUUAAUUUCUCAUUUCUUUUGUCUCGAUUACCAAACAAUAUUAAACAGUAUUAAAGAUAGUGUAGACUAUGGAUAAAAGUCAAAUAUUCCGUCCAAUUUGUGCUUUAAUGUACAUACAAUGGAUAUUAUAAUAAGCAUACAAAAACGUUAUUUUACUCACCGAUAUCAGAAUAUUGGAGAUAGUUUUCUUUAUAACAUUAUUUAAUGAAUGGAAAUUUUAUACAUUUGAUUAGUCUAAAAGCAUGAUAAAUAUAGACGUAUUAUAUAGAUAUAAUAUUACACUUUUUUUCAUACUACAUACGAGUUAUUAAAAUGAACUUGUACAAGCUUUAUUUAUAAACUAUGUCACAGAUUGUUAUUUAUAAUCUAAAUAAAUAAAAAUGUGUCGAAAAAUAAA